CUGGCGCGAAUUGUCCGUGCCACUACGGUAGCUGGCGACCUAGCUUAUAAAGGCUGUGGCUCUAGGUAGCUAGUCCUAGGCUAGGCAGUUUGACUUCAAAGAUCAGGGGUCAGCUAGCCAAAGGCUUUGAGCUGAUCAGCAGGCUAGAAAAUCGGAAAGUGAAGGAAGACGGCCUUCAAGGGAGGAACGAGCUGCAAUAUCCUGGACCUUGGGAGUGCUCCCAUGACCCUUGAGCUCUUGUUUUGAUUCAAGUGUCGUGCGGGAUCUCGAGUGCCUGUUUGGUUGGUGCAAUGGAAUGACAGCCCUGAGCCUCAGCAACUCUGCUUUCUCUGCCGUCCUGAGAUCUACAGCCUGCAUUGCAAAGAGGACUGCUCAAGCACCGUCUCUGAGUUGUUCGGCGGGCUCGCACAUUGUUCUGAGGCGAACCGCGAUUCACCCUGACGGUAAUGGUCCUUGGCAAAAGCGCCUCCAUUGCACUAACGACCACUUUUCUGUAGCGGACACUGUUCAGAGGGCCGUAUUCACGGCGGAAAGUGUUGGAGCGGAAAAAAUUAUGGCAGGCAGGGGCCCGAUGAGGGCGGCUCCCUCUCCCGAGAGAGCGACCAUGAACGGGACUGAAAAGAACGACAAGGCAGCUGACUUUGCCAACUAUUUUUGCACAUAUGCGUUCCUCUACCAUCAGAAAGAAAUGCUCUCCGACCGCGUCCGGAUGGAAGCGUACUACAACUCAGUGUUUAAAAACGCCCAUCACUUUCAAGGAAAGGUUGUGCUGGACGUUGGUACUGGCAGCGGGAUCCUCGCCAUCUGGGCUGCCCAGGCAGGCGCGCGGCGAGUGUACGCGGUUGAAUACACAGACAUGGCGAAGCACGCCGCCAAGCUGGUGGCCGCAAACAAGAUGGAUCACAUCGUGGAGGUUAUUCAGGGGUCGGUAGAGGAGAUUGACCUGCCAGAGAAAGUCGACAUCAUCAUCUCCGAGUGGAUGGGCUACUUCCUGCUGCGCGAAUCCAUGCUGGACUCAGUUCUCGUCGCACGCGAUAAGUGGCUCAAGCCGGGGGGGGCAAUGUACCCGAGCCACGCGCGCAUGUGGUUGGCGCCCAUCAAGAGCGGCAUGGGCGAGCACAAGAUGCAGGAUUACGAGGCGAGCAUGAACGACUGGGUGCACUUCACGCAAAACACGCGGCACGCGUUCGGGGUUGAUAUGAGCACGCUGUCCAACUCGUACCGGGAGGAGCAGGUCAAGUACUUCCUGCAGACGUCACUUUGGCAGAGCCUGUACCCCAGCCAGGUGGUUGGCCAGCCCGCCCUCGUCAAAGAGAUCGACUGCCUGACCGUGACGUUGGAUGACGUCAAGGCCGUCUCCGCCAACUUCCAGCUGCCAGUCUUCGACGGCGAGACCAGGGUCUCGGGCUUCGCGGGCUGGUUCGACGUCCGGUUUCAGGGGUCCCCUAGUCAAGCAGCGGACGAAACGGUGGAGCUGACGACUGCUCCCAGCAUAAAUGACACAACCCACUGGGGCCAACAAGUGUUUCUUUUGCAUCCCCCCCUCCACGUGCGCGACAACGACGUUGUGCACGGCAGCAUACUCAUGACGCGGUCCAAAACGAACCACCGGCUCAUGGAUGUCGUCAUCAAGCACGCAAUCGGGAAGGGCGCAGAAACUGCGUCAGCUUUCCACAUUGAGUGAUUUAUUCGCUGCACUUGCCGCUCCAACUAUUCUUAUACGCUAGUGCAUGGAGAUUGGAAGGAAGAGCCGGCAAGACGAGGUCUUGCUCAUGUGUGUUGACGACGCUGCUCUGGGACUUGGCAUCGAUUAGUGCAGGCUGCAACGACGAGAAUAAAGUUCAAUGUCCCGGACUACUUCUCCCGGACUACUUGCUCAGUAGCAGGGCCUCAGUGCUUCUGGAAAGUGUUUGCAAUUUGCCCGGCCGUCAAGAUGUGCGCACAAGUGGGAAAGUGAGCGUACUGACAGGCCGUCAGUCGUCAAGGUAUGUCGUUGCUCGCGUUGUUGUUCAAAUAUUGAAGUACUGCAUCCGACAACGCCAUGCAGCGAUCCUCGCAUGCCAUUUUUAGCGCAGAAUAGUAGCAGCCGGGCUCCG